AUGUCACAAACCGCACAGCCCUUCAGUGUCCCCGUCUUGUUUACGGAGCUCCAUCAUGAGCCAAAGAAUACCUGGGUUGCCUAUGGCCCUUCUGAGAGGCGAGUCAUUGCCAAAGGAUGGACCAAAGAGGAGGGUCGUAAGGCUUUUGCGGUCGAUACAGUCUGGGAGAAGGACAUCCGCAUUCCGCUCCGAGAUGGUAUCGAGCUAUUGGCUGACGUUUUUCGUCCACUGACAUCCGACGACGAGCCUGUCCCGGCCAUCAUGCCCUGGAGCCCCUAUGGCAAGACCGGAACUGGUGUGCAGCAGCUCGACAUGUUCCCGUGGAGAGUCGGCGUGCCUCGCUCUGCGACGAGUGGCUUGGAAAAAUGGGAGGCUCCUGACCCCGCGGAGUGGGUCGCUCGCGGUUAUGCUGUUGUCAACAUCGACGCUCGAGGGUCGUUCAAAUCCGGCGGCGAUCUUCACGUGUACGGGACGCAAGAAGGCCGCGAUGGAUACGACUGUAUCGAGUGGAUCGCCCAGCAACCUUGGUGCAAUAAGAGGGUAGCCAUGGCCGGGAACUCAUGGCUUGCGACAACGCAAUGGUUCAUCGCUGCUGAGCAGCCUCCUCAUCUUACUUGCAUGGCACCUUGGGAAGGGCUUGGAGACUACUACAGGGAGUCCAUCUGUCGCGGUGGCAUUCCUGACCAUGCUUUCUGGGAUGUGUUGAUGGAGUGGGCAUGCGGACCCGGCAGCCGCGAGGACGUUGGCGCGAUGGUGGACGAGUAUGGUUCCUGGAACGACUACUGGGAAGACAAAAAGCCGAAGCUCCGCAACAUCACCACUCCGAUGUAUGCUACUGCCAGCUUCUCGACCGGGCUACAUACCGAAGGAUCAGUCCGAGGCUUCCAGCUCUCUCGAUCAUCGGAAAAAUGGUUGCGCUGGACUGCAACCCAGGAAUGGCACGACAUUUACCAGCAAGAGAAUCUUGACGACUUGCAGCGGUUCUUCGACAAGUACAUGCUCGACAAAGAUAAUGGGUGGGAGAGUACGCCCCGUAUCCGAUACUCACUUCUGGGCUACAAUCGUCCAAGCGUGGUCAACCGGCCGGCUGCGAAGUAUCCGCCAGCGAAGUUCAGGUACGAAACCCUGUUCCUUGAUGCGAAGAGCGGAGCUUUGGGACACAGCAUUCCCUCUACUGAGAGUGUGAUUGAGUACCAAGCCGAUUCGCCCUCUGACAAUGGAUUCUCGUUCCUCCACACCGUCGAGGAGUACACUGAGCUGUGUGGUGUCUCCAAGGCCAAAUUGUACAUGUCAACACUUGAUCAUGACGAUCUGGACGUCUACGUCGUGCUCCGCAAGCUCGACAAGGACGGCAAAGCACUGUGGCAUCAGAAUAUUCCCAUGCAAGACCUCCCAAAGGGCACAACAGUGGAAGAGAUUCCGAAAGAGAACGUCUGGCGCUACAUCGGACCCAACGGCCGUCUUCGUGCAUCGCAUCGCGCCGUCGCAAACGAGUCGCUCGAGGGCCUUGGUCAAGACGCAUACAAGGAACUGAUGGGACCGGCGUACGUGUACCAUCCACAUACGGCAUCGCACGCAUUACGCCGCGGCGAAGUUGUCGAGCUUGAGAUCAGUCUUUGGCCUGGCGGUGUGAUCUUCGAUGCUGGAGAAUCCAUGAGCCUUGAGGUGAAGGGUCGACAUCCAAUCAUGCCUGAAUUCGAAGGUUUGGACAAAUGCAUAGUAAAUCAUAACGUCGGGCGGCAUAGGCUGCAUACAGGCGGGAGGUAUCAGUCGCAGUUCUUAGUGAACCUGUGGAGGAGCGGUAAAUAG